AUGGCCCUCAAGACCAUUUUCCAAGCCAUUUAUAGCCCACUGGGCUUCACAAAAGCAUAUGCCUUUACACUGUGGUUCAUCGUCAGUGGUGCACUUGUUGGGUUUAUCCUAGCGCGCCUACAAUUUCUUGACAUUGAUGGCCGUCUAUGUCCAGCCGUGCCGGCCAACGAUGGUUCCUCAGGCUUUCCAGCAGCGUGCUACUGGAUUGUUCAUUUCAGGCGGUACCGUGUAGCCAUGAUUCUUCACCUGGCCACCUCACUGCCUGCAGGUCUCAUUGCUGUUUUCCAAUUCUUGCCUGCAAUAAGACACAAGUGCAUCUUGUACCAUCGCAUCGCAGGCUACAUUGCCAUCACACUGGGUUUCAUUGGCAACAUUGGUGCCUGCAUGCUUGCAGACACGGCCAUGGGCGGGGAGUUCUCUAUGCAGACUUUGAUCGGAUUCGUGGCAUUUGUCACAACCCUCACCCUUGCCAUGGCGGUGUACAACAUCAAAAAGCUCCAGCUUGACGGCCACCGCGCAUGGAUGAUUCGGUCCUGGGUCUACAUGGGAUUUGUGGUGACACUCCGAAUCAUCCAGCCAACCAUGGCCAAUAUCGUCACAAAAUGGCCAUCGGCGGCAAAGUAUGUAGCAGUGUCGUGCAAGGAACUACACUACAUAUACUUUGCUGGCCAAAAGCUAGGACAAGGCACAUAUACGCAAGACAGCCUGGACAAGUUCAAGGCGGACUACCCCCCUUGCGCGGAACAUCCUCUAGCUGAGAAAAUUUAUGUUGCGGUACAGGGCGUCCUGUCACCUGACGACCCAGGAAAAGUCAAUGUGGCUCUCAUGUCGACGUUUGCUGCUUCCGGUGUUUUCGCAUUCCUGCUUCACGCGGUUUGCGCCGAGAUAUAUAUUUGGCUUACACCGGCGGAGAACGCGCGGCUACGUGAGGUAAGUUAUCAAAGGCAGCUUAGGAGGGGGUUCCCCAACCCAGGCAGUGAAGGCCUUGUGGCCCAAAGAUUUGGUGAUGCGCGAGAAUGGGUACCGGAUGCAUCGUCAGAGUCUCCUGAAACCCAGUCCAAUGAAGGGAAAGCGCAGUCAUAG